AUGUCUGGAUACGGUGAUGACCAACAAUCCGGUGGAGGCUACGGAGGUGGUGACAGUGGCAUGAGCGGUGGCCAGGGAGGCCAAUCAGGCGGUGACUCCGGCUCCGGAGGCUACGGAGGUGGACAAUCUGGUGGUGACUCCGGCUCUGGAGGCUACGGAGGAGGUCAAUCUGGCGGCAUGGGUGGUGACUCCGGCUCCGGAGGAGGAUACGGUGGAGGCCAAUCAGGCAGCAUGGGUGGUGACUCCGGCUCUGGAGGAGGAUACGGUGGAGGCCAAUCAGGCGGCAUGGGUGGUGACUCCGGCUCUGGAGGAGGCUACGGUGGAGGACAAUCAGGCGGCAUGGGUGGUGACUCCGGCUCUGGAGGAGGCUACGGAGGAGGUCAAUCAGGCGGCGACUCCGGCUCCGGAGGCUACGGUGGUGACUCUGGAUCAGGCAACCAGUCUAGCGGAGGCUCAGGUAACCAAUCGGGCGGAGGCUCAGGUGGAGGACUCAAGGGCAAACUAAUGGGCAUGGCCGAGAACAAGUUCGGUGGUGGUGGUGGUGGUGGUGGCAGCAGCAACAACGGCAAUCAGGGUGGCAGCAACUGGCGUGAUUUCUACGACUGUCCUCUCCACUUGACUACCACGACCAGCAAUCCUGUGUGCAUGGAUCCGAACCAAUGCACCUCUGGUGCUCUCCUUGACCGUGCCUCCGCAGACGUAGCGCAGCUCCUGCGCCGUUUCGAGAACAUCAUUGCGUUUGAAUCCGUCCGUGUUGCCUUACUGCAGCAAAGAGUGGGACGGUCCAGAAUAUAUGGAAGGCUGACGUGUGGUGGAGUGUGCAGGACGGCAAGCAAGAUCGCAAUGCCACUGCCGUGGGGGCCUAUCAGAUGGAGGUCGAGACGUCGGCAUUGGUACGAUAUCUACAAUCUUCCUAUUGCCCCCAACGGCUUCAAAAACGAUGGAGCCUACAUGAUUGUUGCCCGCUUCUACGGUUCACGCGCCCCUUUUUCAGUGCGUGUGGGAAGUGUCCUGACAGUAUUCUGUCCCCAGAUCCGGGCCGCAGAGGAUAUCCUGUCCCUGACACGGAUACUCAAGGAAGCGUGGCUGUUUGGCAAACUGCAGACGGUGGGGAGCAGCGAGGCGGAGACGAGGGCGGAAGCUGCGGCGGUGAAGGUGGCGGCGGGAUUGAGCAGGUUGCGGGGCGGCAACGGAGCGGAGGCCACGGGGUCGAAUCAAGAGCCAACCGGGAGCAAUGGAGACGGUAGAGGAGUUGGAAAAGAGGGUGAGGAACGAACGGGCUGA